CCGGGUGCCUCGGCCCUGCCCAUGUUUUUGUAUGUCGGGUGUCCGUCCAUCGCCUGACGUUCAAGUUCGCCGGGAACGUCACGUCCGUGCACUUGAACUUGCACAGCUCAGAGGGGGGGUUGAGGGGAGGGGUGGUGGGGGGGAGGGGGGGCUUUUGCCAUUUUUUCCAUCUCUCUCCCCUUCUCUCUCUCUCCAUCUACCUCUCUCUCACUCUCUCUCUCUUUUUUCUCUGCUCUCCUUUCUCAAAAAAGCCAUGACGGCGAUCCCGCGAUCCAUCUUCGCCUCCGCGCCAUCUUUGUAUUAUUUCUAAUUUAUUUUUAUUUUUUUUUCUUGUGGAUGUCAAAGGCGUUGGAUGAAGAUAUUUUUUGCCCCGCUGGAGUCUCCUCUCUAACCCCGGCUCUCCCCGAUGUGAUCCGCGCUGAACGCCGCCGCCAGCCACCAUGUCUCGCCGCAAGCAAGGCAAACCCCAGCACUUGAGCAAACGGGAUUUUUCGCCAGCCGAACCCCUCUCCACGGCCGUCGUCUCGUCGGAGGAGCUGUCGGAACGCUGCUCGGAGAACUCAGAGGAGAGCGGCAGCCUCAACGGGCACCACCCGGGCUCCACAGUGGGCCGGCUGGCCCGGCUGGGUCACGAUGCUCACCCCUCACUGGAGCAGGACCUGCUGACCUGCGGCCAGUGCCAAGCCACCUUCCCCCUGGCGGACAUCCUGCUCUUCAUAGAGCACAAGAGAAAGCGAUGCCACGGGCCGCCCUGCCUCGCCGUGGGCCGGGGGCUGGACAAGCCCCCCUCGCCCUCCCCUGGCCUGGCCCUCACCCCGUCGCCUGCAUUUGGCUCUCUGCGCAGUCGAAGGCCUGUGGAAGUGGGUGUCCAGGCCACGCUUGCAGAUGACGAUGACGACCGGUUCUCAUUGCCCCGGGGGAUUUGCCCCAAACAGGAGCCCCUCCCAGGUAAGGAGGAGCCGACCACCUACACCUGCACUACAUGUAAGCAGUCCUAUGGCAGCGCCUGGUUCUUGCUGCAGCAUGCUCAGAACACCCACGGCUUCCGUAUCUAUCUGGAAAGUGAACACGGCAGCCCUCUCACCCCACGCAUGGGUGGGCCAUCCUCCCUGGGUGGGGGUGCGGACUGCCCCUCUCAGCCUCCUCUUCACGGCCUCCAUCUGCCUCCUGAUGCGAGCCCCUUCAACCUCCUCCGCAUCCCUGGCUCGGGCUCAGGUGGAAGGGACAGCGUCGGAAUAGGGGGUGGAGUUGGUGCUGUUGGCACUGCUGGUGGGGGCCAUCAUCAGCGUUUCCCACCCACGCCACCCCUCUUCAGCCCCCCUCCAAGGAACCACCUGGACCCCCAACACCUGAGCCCAGAGGAGCUGGCGCUGGCAGCCCACCACCCGAGUGCCUUUGACAGGGUGCUGCGCCUCAAUCCCCCUCUGCCCCUGGACCCGCCUCCGACAAUGGACUUCUCACGGCGGCUACGGGAGCUGGCGGGCAACACCUCAGGGUCCACUCCCCCACUAUCCCCCAGCCGGCCCAGCCCCAUGCAGCGCCUGCUCCAGCCAUUCCAGACAGGAGGGGGAAGCGGAAGCACAGGAGGUGCAGGGGGCAGCAAACCUCCAUAUCUUGCCACCCCACCCCCUCUUCCAGGCUCCAUGCAGUCACCUGUGGGUUCUCAGACCACUCCUACCACCCCUCUCCCCUCAGCAGGAGCAACCCCUUCUGCUACCACCCCCUUGAAAUCAAAGUGUUGUGAGUUUUGUGGCAAGGCCUUCAAGUUUCAGAGUAAUCUAAUUGUGCACCGGCGCAGCCACACAGGAGAGAAGCCGUACAAGUGUCACCUGUGUGAUCAUGCUUGUACACAGGCUAGCAAACUGAAACGCCACAUGAAGACACACAUGCACAAAUCGUCCUCGCCAAACACGGGCAAGUCAGAAGAUGGUCUCUCAACAGCUUCCUCUCCAGAGCCUGGUACCAGUGAGCACUUGGGAAGUGCAAGCAAUGCCCUUAAGUCAGUGGUGGCCAAGUUGAAGAGUGAGAAUAACCGCAUGCUACGUGAGAAUGGGGAAGAGGAGGAAGAGGAAGAGGAGGAAGAGGAAGAGGAAGAGGAGGAGGAAGAAGAUGAGGAGGAGGAGGAAGAGGAGGUAGAGGAGGAAGAAGAGCAGAACGGAGAGAGGGCUGCCAGAAGAAACAACAAUAGCUAUCACUUUGGGUUGAACCUUGAAGCAGGACGUCAGCAUGAAAACAACGGUGGUAUCGGAAGCCGACUGGGAGGAGUCGCUGAUGAGGGGUCCAUCCCUCGCUCACUGCCUGAGGUGAUGCAAGGAAUGGGCCUGGCCGCUAGCAUGCAUCACUUCAGCGAAGCCCUCAACGCGCACAAACGAAAUGCCAUGGCCCAGGAGAACCACCUGCAUCACCACCUCAACCGAGACCAUCACCACAAUCGCGAGAUGUGUGAUGGGGACUCAGUGUUGGAAACAGAUCGUGGGGAAGAGGGCUCUGUCUCAACAGUCAACGGGCGGGGAGCAUCCCCUAAUGAAUCUGCCUCUGUUGGCCUCUCAAAAAAACUGCUUCUGGGUAGCCCUAGUCCACUCAGUCCUUUCUCCAAACGCAUCAAGCUGGAAAAAGAAUUUGACCUACCCACUCCCACAAUCCCAAACACGGAGAACGUCUACUCCCAGUGGCUGGCUGGCUAUGCCGCCUCACGACAACUCAAGGACCCUUUUCUGAACUUUGGGGAUUCCAGACAAUCGCCCUUUGCCUCCUCAUCUGAGCAUUCUUCAGAGAAUGGUAGUCUGCGUUUCUCGACCCCUCCGGGGGAACUGGACGGUGGGAUGUCGGGCCGCAGUGGUACAGGCAGUGGGGGCAGCACACCACACCUCGGGGGUCCUGGACGGCCCAACUCCAAGGACGGCCGCAGGAGUGAUACUUGUGAGUAUUGUGGCAAGGUGUUCAAGAACUGCAGUAACCUGACAGUGCACCGGCGCAGCCACACAGGGGAGAGACCAUACAAGUGUGAGCUGUGCAAUUAUGCUUGUGCCCAGAGCUCCAAACUUACUCGCCACAUGAAGACCCACGGUCAGGUGGGCAAAGACGUGUACAAGUGUGAAAUUUGUCAGAUGCCCUUCAGUGUCUACAGCACCUUGGAGAAACACAUGAAAAAAUGGCACAGUGACCGUCCUUUGAGUACCGAAAUAAAGUCAGAGUAGAAGGCCGAACUAUGGGACCUUUCCCCCUCAGCUAUGUCCACCAUUAGUCCCCUGUUUAUUCCCAGCCCCUUGUAGAUUUGCCCCAACCCUAACACUCCACUUUCACCAGUCUGGUGGAAGCUUAAGACCAUGUGCUCUGCACCAGCACACCCCGUUUCCAUUACCCAUUGAAUGCAUGAUCUGUAUCGGGGCAAUACUCUUGCAUUGACGCAAAACUUCGAGCCUUUCUCUUGUGCAAUAAUUUACAUGUUGUGUACUAUUUUCUUUUUUGAGUUUUCCUUUUCCAUUUUUAAGAAUUAGUCAGCAUGCAUAGUAUGUUUUUGCUAAUCAAAAAAAAAAGAAAAAGAAAAGAACUUGUCCCUGGUUGGUUAGUUGUUGAGUAAAUGUGUUGCUGUUUUUCUCUUGUUCUGUUUUUUCUUUUUAUUCUUCAAAAAGAGAAAAGACAAGAAAGAUACAUCCAUGCUGCAUACAUUCUGUAACACAUAUCAUGUACAGCUUUGUUUUGUAACAUGGAAAGUGAACAGUCUUUGACUCGACCCUCUUCUUACAACCCUGGAAAUGCACUCAUCCUGAUCUUUCUAAAAGACGGCAUGUUCACACAGGGUUUAAAAAAAUCAUACAUUGGCUUAAUGACUAAACUGAAAGUAAUGACAACCUUCAAAUUUCUUUUAAAAAGACUAGGGUGUGCUAAGAAUUCAAUUUGUACUAUCAUUUGGUAGAAUAAGAAAGAGUGCCUUUGAUAUCUCAAGACUGCAUUGGCCAUAAUCUUAUCUGGUAUAAGUGUGGGGUCACAUUAGAUAAAGCUAAAAGGUUUAAGCCACCCAGGGAAGGUCCUUGCAUCAAGCACCUGACUGCUCAAAUGGACUGUGACAACUCAUGAUGAAAGAUCAGAGAGUUCUCGUUAAUCAUCAUUUAGCUACCUAUUACAUGUUCAAUAGGCUAUCUUUAAUAUGUGGAUUUCAUGGCAAGCAUGGUACAAGCAGUAUUGUGUAUAUCUGAAUUAUUUGUAGUUUUGUUUCUGGUAAGGAGGUACUUUUGAGAUAAAGGUAAUCUGUAAUGUACAAUCCUGAACUUGAGGGAUACAGCGCAUGGCUGAGAAGUGUCAUGUAUCUGCGUUAGCACAAACCUACGACGCUGUUUCGAUAUGUCAGUGUGUGGAACAAUGCAUAAAGUAAUAUAUGAACUCCAAGUGAGGCUAACCGUAUUUGAGAGCAUUGAAAUAACUACAAGCUAGACAGACAGAAAGCUACACAGAACUGGAAGCUACAUACAUGUUACGGGGGAUAAGAGGCAAUCUCUUUCACUUUACAUUUCUGGUAUCAAAACAGGGUCAUUAACUAUGAAUUGCAUAAAAAUGAAAGAAAGAAUUGCAAAAAAAAAGAAAAGAAAUAUCUGUACUCCAGGGCUCUUGAAAAGAGUAAAAUGCGAUAAUUUUAAUCAGUAUGCAUAGGCUAAUGCAGGGCACAUUUCUUUGUUUGCUGUUGCUUUUCAACCCAAAAGGAGAGCUUUUUUCCUUGUUGAGUUUCAUUCAAGCUGUUCAUAGUAUAGCACUUGUCACUCUGCCUGAGAGUAAGUACUGACAUCUCUUGCAUUUUCCCACACUGAUGCAAUGUUGGUACAUGGGUUGAGUCUAAAAGCUAGAUUGUCAUUUAUAGGACAUGAAGUGCACUGUUGCAAUUUUCCCAGUUUACAAGUUUACGCUGAAGGGGAAAACGCUGUUGAAAUGCUGUCAAAUGACGAGGGUCCCAUUGUUAAAAGCAGUAAAAGAUGAGACACAUAAUCUGUUGCCAGCAACUCCACCCUCAUGAACCUUGACCUUUGUACCCUUGCCGUUUCACCUUUGACCAUUUGUCAAUUUGUUACCCCUAGAAACCCCAGUGCUUAGUCUGGGCUGAAAAUUCACCCUGUCGGCAAGGUCUGUGAAUUAAAAGGUUUGAUGGGAGUUACAUAAGUACCAAGCGCUCCUACAUAGUCACAGAAUAAAGCUCAAUUUGGCCACAGAAGUACCCAACAUCACAUUUAUAAAGGAGCUGCAUUGUAACUUUGUUUUCAUCUACACCUGAAUCAUUUAUAGACCUUGCUGGCUAGACAACAGACACUCAAAUCUUGUUGCUCACACUGCGAGAAUCUGUUUUUGUAUAAAUCUUCCUUUAAUUAUAGAUAUGAAAAUAAACGUUUUUGCAAAUAACACUUCACUAUCUUUUAGGGGAAACUGUAUUUAAGUUUUGUUGUCGUUUCUCUUUUUCCUCAGCGUCUUGGUGGUGUUCAAGACUCCGAUCACAGUAUAUAUGAAAUGAUAAAACAAAAAAAGACGAAAAAACAAACAAAAAAAAAAUUCUGUGAUGGUUUUGUAUUUUAUUUUGCCUUGGCUCUUCACAGCUCUUCAGGUUGAAAUACAAUUUGCAUUGGGGAAAGGAUUAAGAUUAUAUAUGAAUAUAUAAUAAAGAACUUAAAAUAUAGGAAAAUGCACACUCAUGUCGAUUCCUAUGCUUAAACACAUUUAUGGUCUACUUUUUCUGUAUUUCUAGAAUUGUAUUUGAAUUCAAUGUUCACUUAGAGUAGGCACUAUAGUAUUUAUAUUGAGGCUCGUAUUUUUAACUGUUGCUUGUUCUCUCUAAAGGUAUUUACCAUACCUUUUUUUGGUAGUGGAAAAAAAAUCCCAAGCUGCCACGGUAUAUUUUUUUAAUUUGGCAGGAUAAUAUAGUGCGAAUUAUUUGUAUGUUUAAAGAAAUAAAAGGAAAAACCCCAUAAAAAAGCAGCUAAAGUAUGUGGCAUUGGGAGGCGUCACGGGCCAUCAGAUGGCCGCCGCUCUGUUUCCUGUCCACAGAGGUGGUUGUACAUAUCUUCUUUGGUUUUUGGUUCGGACCUCCUUCCCUCCCUCCCCCUGCUGCCAUUCUUGUAUGCAGUAAUGCAAGCUGACGUCGGCCUGUUCUGUUGUGUGCUUCUGUCUCUCUCACCCCUCCCACCUGACUACAUUCCAACAUCAAGAAGAGAGGAAAAAAAAGAAAAAAAAAACCUUCAUAUGCAGUACAUGGAUUACGAAAAAAAAAGCGUCAAAAUAAAUACAUUUAAAAAGAAAUUAAAUGUUUUGCAGUUUCUUUUCAUUGCCAAAUACUAAAUGGUGCUUUAUAUUUAGAUUGGGUAUACUUUCAUAUGCAAAGCAUAUUUAAAAAUGACCCGGGGGAUGUGGAGAAGCCUGCUUGAGUUGAGACUUUUUUGUAAAUGGCAAUGCGGAAUAUUUUGUUAUCAGCCUUUUCUAUUCCUAUUCUGAGAGCUGUUUGUUGUAACUUGAACUUGAACUUUAUCUUUUACUAUGGGAGUUACUAUUUAUUAUUACCUAUAUGCUCUGUUCAAAACAGAGACAUGGAAUGGAUCCUUAUUUUUGGUUUCUUUUUAUUUUAUUUUUUAUUUUUGGUUAUAAUAUAAUUUUGAUUUUGUUUUUUUUUUUGUAAUGGUGGCCCAUGGUCAUUGGACAAACCUAGCUCUUUAAUUUCUGUUGUACUUUUGGGGUCUCUGUUCAGUUGUAUUGGGAAAACCACUGUCUGUGUUUUCUGGCAGAUGUCUGCAUAAUCCUGUUCACACACCCAUUUUGUCCCUUUAUCGAAAAACAAUUAAUAAAAAAAAUGAAAGUAUAAUGGCA